AAUUCGUGUUAUCCGAACCUGGCCUUCCUGGCCGUUUAGACUUCUACGUGAAAACAGCAACUCCUCCACGAAAUUAUAUAAACUCAUAGCCCUUUCGGAAUCCAAACCCUUCGUCUCCUCUCUCUCUCUUUCUUUCUGAACGGAAACAAUGGCGGAGAGAGGGCCGGCAGCAUCUUUGUGCGUUUUGCUUCUCUUGAUUGCUUGCUUUGCGGCCGAAGGCCACGGCUUGACGAAACAAACCGACGCUCUCGGCCGUCUCUACAAGGCGAAGUUGAAGAAGGAUACGGUGGUGGAUACCGGCCAUUUCGACGUGGGCCGGCAGGUGAGAGGAGUCAGGAUUCUGCCGCAGGAGGGGCUGAAAGAGAAGGACCGAAUCGAGAGGUUGCCCGGUCAGCCGCGGAAUGUCGGAUUUUCGCAGUAUGGCGGCUACGUCACGGUGAACGAGACCGCGGGUAGGGCCUUCUAUUAUUACUUCGUUGAAGCAGAAAGGGGCAAGGAGUCGAAGCCACUUCUUCUGUGGCUUAAUGGAGGGCCUGGUUGUUCUUCUCUUGCUUACGGGGCCAUGCAAGAGCUGGGGCCCUUUCGGGUGAAUAGCGACGGCAAAACACUGUACAGAAAUAGAUUUGCUUGGAACCAUGCUGCAAAUGUUCUGUUCUUGGAGUCUCCGGCCGGAGUAGGGUUUUCAUACUCGAACACAACCGCGGAUUUUGUGAACGGUGGAGACAGCAGAACAGCCUCCGACAACUACGUGUUCUUAUUGAAUUGGCUGGAAAGGUUUCCCGAGUACAAGGACCGGGAUUUUUACAUCUCCGGCGAGAGCUACGCCGGCCAUUAUGUUCCCCAGCUUGCACACACCAUUCUUCACUUCAACAAGAAAGCUAAUGCCACCCUCAUCAACCUCAAAGGCAUCAUCAUUGGGAAUGCAGUAAUCAACGAUGAGACUGAUACGAGAGGAAUGUACGAUUACUUUGCAACCCACGCUCUGAUAUCUGAUGAAACUGCACACGAGAUCCAGAAACACUGUGACUUUUCGCCGCAUGCUACCACUCAGUCUGACGAAUGCAAUGCUGCUGCUAAGCAAGCUCAAGAAAAUGUCGGCGUUAUUGACAUCUAUAACAUCUACGCCCCCUUGUGCCACUCCGCCAAUCUCACUGCGAAGCCCAAGAGGACGCCGGGAUUGAGCAUUGAUCCUUGCAGUGAUUUUUAUGUAUACUCUUACUUGAACCGGCCUGAAGUUCAAGAGGCUCUACAUGCUAAUGUAACCAAACUCAGCUAUGAUUGGGAACCAUGCAGUGAUGUCAUAAGAAAUUGGGAAGAUAGCCCAUCAACAAUCAUUCCCCUUCUUCAAGAGUUCAUGGAAAAUGGACUUCGAGUGUGGGUCUUUAGUGGUGAUACUGAUGGAAGAGUACCUGUCACCUCAACUAAAUACUCCAUUAACAAGAUGAAUCUUUCUGUGAAAACUGCAUGGCAUCCCUGGUACCUAAAAGGGGAGGUUGGUGGGUACACCCAAGUUUACAGAGGAGACCUAACAUUUGCAACAGUAAGAGGAGCAGGGCAUCAAGUCCCAAGCUACGAGCCUGCAAGAGGUCUUUCACUCAUCUACCACUUCCUUGCUGGCUUCCCCCUUCCCAAUACUCGAGCACAUAACUAAUCUAAUUCCUUUCUCUUUUUUCUCUAGUUAGUUUUGUCUUGUGCAUGCUGCAUAUUUUCUUUUCUUUUCAUUUUCUUUCUUUUUGAAAUUUUCUGUCAGGAUUUAGGUUCAAUUAGAGAUCAUCAAAUUAAGGGUGUUUUUUUUUUUUAAAGUAAGUUCAUUGUUUCUGAGCAGAAUAAUACUGUUAUCUCAGCCAUUGAUUGUUAAUAAGAAAUUUGGUUCUUCCGAUUGAA